AUGGAGGACGAGGAAGAUGACGGGGGCUACGAGACUGCCGCUGAGGCUACCAGUGGUGGCGAGAGGGCUGGGAGGAGACCCCCGCAUACGCGACGCCGGUCAUCUUUCGCGAUGUCUCGUCGGCAGUCUACAGUUACGAACCCGGAUGGCGAACCUUCAGGCACGGCGGAAGGAGGAGCCGCGGUUAAGAGAGAGAGUUAUCCGGAGAGGCAGCGAAAGAAACUCGAGUCUUACCUACAGAAGCUGAUCAGAUUCCUGAUCUUCAAACCGGAUAGCAAUCGCCUGUGUAAGUUUCUCGAGCUUUCCGCCCUGGGCGUACGACUUGCCGCAGAAGGCAGCUAUCAUGGAAAAGAAGGAUACUUGAUGAUCCAGUCCUCCAAGGGGCUCGACUUCCGGAGAGCGUUGACUCCCGCUAUGGUGAAGAAGCGGCACUCGCCCAAGUGGUUCCUUGUUCGGCAUAGCUACGUGGUUUGCGUCGACUCCCCCGAGGAGAUGAACAUCUACGAUGUCUUCCUGGUCGACCCAUUCUUCAAACUCCAGACCCAGAAGAUGAGCCUCCGGAAUCAGAAAGCUAAAGAGAUAGCAAAGUCUGCAAAGGAGUCAGCAAGACACCCGCAACACCAUACGCUGAAACUCGAGAACUCCGAACGGAAACUCAGGUUGUUAGCCCGGAAUGAACGCCAGCUUCACCAAUUCGAAGAUUCUAUUCGGUUCAUGGUCAACAACACGCCUUGGGCCAGACCCAAUCGGUUUGACAGCUUUGCGCCGGUGCGCCAGAACUGCUUUGCGCAAUGGUUGGUCGAUGCACGAGAUCACAUGUGGGUUGUGUCGCGCGCGAUCAACCAGGCCAAAGAUGUCAUCUAUAUCCACGACUGGUGGCUCAGCCCUGAGCUGUACAUGCGCAGGCCAGCUGCCAUCAGUCAGAAAUGGCGCCUAGACCGUCUCCUGCAGCAAAAGGCACGUGAAGGUGUCAAGAUCUUCGUCAUCAUGUACCGGAAUAUCAACUCAGCGAUCCCCAUCGAUUCUGAAUACUCCAAAUUCUCCCUUCUCGACCUACACCCGAACAUCUUCGUGCAACGAUCUCCAAACCAGUUCAGACAAAAUACCUUUUUCUGGGCUCAUCACGAGAAGCUGUGCAUCAUCGACCACACCUUGGCUUUUGUGGGAGGAAUUGACCUGUGUUUUGGCAGAUGGGACACGCCACAGCACCUUCUCACUGACGACAAGCCCACAGGCUUCGAGACGCCAGACGGCCCGAAGGAUGCGGACCACUGUCAGUUGUGGCCUGGCAAAGACUACUCGAACCCUCGAAUUCAAGACUUCUAUGAACUCGACAAGCCGUACGAGGAGAUGUAUGACCGCAAUGUCGUCCCUCGGAUGCCUUGGCACGAUAUCUCCAUGCAUGUUGUCGGUCAGCCUGCGCGAGAUCUCACGCGCCACUUCGUCCAGCGGUGGAACUACAUCCUCCGGCAACGCAAACCAACCCGCCCAACGCCAUUCUUGUUGCCUCCCCCUGAUUUCGAUGCUGCAGACUUAGAAGCACUCGGCCUGGACGGCACCUGUGAAGUGCAGAUCCUGCGCUCCAGCAGUUCUUGGUCGACUGGUACCCCGGAUAUCACUGAGCAUAGCAUCAUGAAUGCCUACGUCAAGUUGAUUGAAGAGUCUGAACAUUUUGUGUACAUUGAAAACCAGUUCUUCAUCAGCACUUGUGAAAUUGACGGCCGGAAGAUAGAAAAUCGGAUCGGCGAUGCUUUGGUGGAGCGAAUCACUCGUGCAGCGAAGAACAAGGAAGCCUGGCGUGCUGUUAUUGUCAUUCCCCUCAUGCCAGGGUUCCAGAAUACGGUGGAUAGUGAAGGCGGUACCAGCGUCCGCCUCAUCAUGAUGUGCCAGUAUCGGAGUAUCUGCCGAGGCGAGACAUCGAUAUUUGGACGACUUCGCGCCUUGGGAAUUGAACCUGAGGAUUACAUCCAAUUCUUUAGUCUUCGGGCGUGGGGCAAGAUUGGUCCCCAGAGACAACUGGUCACGGAACAGCUGUACAUCCACGCAAAGUGUAUGAUCGUGGAUGAUCGAGCUGCGAUUAUUGGUUCCGCAAACAUCAACGAGCGGUCGAUGCUGGGCUCUCGGGACUCGGAAGUAGCGUCGGUGGUGCGUGAUACAGACAUGAUCUGGUCCACCAUGAACGGUCGUCCGUACCUCGUUGGUCGGUUUCCACAUACGCUACGUAUGCGCCUGAUGAGAGAACAUCUCGGAAUCGACGUUGACGAAUUGUUGGAGCACUCCAUGGCCACUGAAGAGGAAUUACGACGCAUCCAGAUGGAAGAAGAAGGAUCCAACUCGCCGCCGCGUGCCGAUUCGGAGUCCUUGAUGCUUGAGAAGCAAGAUGAACGGGAUAUGAUAGAGCGCCGGCACCGUAUCCAAGAUGAGUUCCUCUCGCGCUCUGAAGACAUACACAGCUUCAACCACGACGUCGACUGGGAACAGGGGAACAACCCGAAUCUGAAGUCCAACCGCAAGCUUACCGCCGACUCCAGAGUCACGUCCAAUCCUGAUCACAAGAAGGAUGUGGAUGGGUUUGGCCCAGACAACCUACACAGUGCCAUGGAGGCUGGACUGGGUGAAGCUCGUGAUUCACAGAUGUUAGACUCAAAGGCCGAGGUUCUGGUCUCUCCGAUUGCAUGCGAGGGCAAGGGCACGAUCCAGAAGCCAAAGCAUAUUACGCAACGGAGUAACCGCCGGUCCCACGUCGAAGACAAAGAGGCAAAGGAGCCGUCUACGCUUUCGCCUAUUCAAGAUGGCGUUGAAUCUGUACCUAUCGUGGAGGGUCUGCCGGGUGUUCGCCAUCCGGCGUUGCCUUCGGGCAAUGAGACUGAGAGUAGCAGUAGCGGUGUUCAGCCGCCCAAAGACAAGCUCGACACGACCAAGUACCCCCAUCCUGUCACGCCGGAAUUGAAGCACGUUUUCAUCGACAAAGACUGUAUGAGAGACCCGGUGAUCGAUCUAUUCUACCUGGACACGUGUCCUGGAAGGAGUACAAGGAGUACACUGCCUACGGAGAGCGGUUCGCCGAGAUGCAGAGUCAGCAUAGCGCCCAGGCCUUCCAUCCACAGCCCCAACGACAGACCGGGCCUCCGGGAACUGGGGCCACCGCUGGGCUGGGGCUGGGUGUGA